CAAACGGACAGAUGAAAGAGAGAGAGAGAGAGGACUGAUAAAGAAGGAAAGUAAAAAGGGCUUGCUUUUGCCGUUUAUUACUGUUCGCCCUCUAUUUUCUCUCUCACUGCUGCUGCUGCUGCUCUCCUUUGUAUGGAUUCUUUUUCACUGUUUCAUGUAUUAAUCUGCUGCGGCUAAAGUGACUGGCGUCAUGGGCGUUUCUGGAAAGUGGUUUAAAACGUUGGUUGGUUUGAGGAAGUCAGAAAAGUCAAGACCUUCUGAAAAGGAUGACAAUAAAAAUGUAGCUGCUGGACGGUUUUGGCACCGGAGAAAGCCAUCUGUUGAGAUUGAUACUACUGGCCUUGAAGAUGAAUUUGCCCAAAUUGCUGUGCAACCAACAGAAGAUGCUAAUAUCCAAUCAAGCUCAAAUACCGCAACCUCUCCCACUAGCUCACUCCAUGUGCAGACUGCUGUUCAAAUUGAACCAAAUAUGAAAGAGGAAUGGGCUGCCACGCAUAUCCAAACUGCUUUUCGUGCGUUUCUGGCUAGGCGAGCACUGCGGGCUUUGAAAGGAUUGGUGAGACUUCAGGCCCUUGUCAGAGGCCAUGCUGUGAGAAAGCAAGCUGCGAUCACUCUUCGAUGUAUGCAAGCAUUGGUGCGAGUUCAGGCACGUGUCAGAGCACGGCGUGUUCGCAUAGCACUGGAGAGUCAGUUGGUGCAGCAAAAACAUCAGCAGCAACUUGCACAUGAGGCUCGUGUUCGAGAAAUAGAGGAAGGGUGGUGUGACAGUGUUGGAUCUGUCGAAGAUAUUCAAUCCAAGUUGUUAAAAAGGCAAGAGGCAGCAGCCAAGCGCGAAAGAGCCAUGGCAUAUGCUCUUGCUCAUCAGUGGCAGGCUGGAUCAAAGCAGCCAGCUGCCCCUGCAGGGUUUGAACCAGAUAGAAAUAACUGGGGGUGGAACUGGUUGGAGCGUUGGAUGGCUGUUCGUCCUUGGGAAAACCGGUUCGUUGACAUUAAUAUCAGAGAUGGAGUGACUGUCCGUGAAAACGGAUCGGCUGAGGGAAAGAACAGCACCAAGACUCAGUUCAAAUCCACUGGCAAAAGGCCUGUCGUUCAUUCCAACAUCUCAAAUCAGAAAGCGGCACCAUCCCAUUCUGAUGGAAGUGGUUCCUCAUCAGCCAAAUCUACAAGCAUGCAAGCUGCAUCCUCCUCUCUUUCAGGCAAGCCAAAACCCAAGACACCUCCAGAGGAGUCAGCUGAGGAAGCCAACUCCAAACCUGGAAUUAGUUCUCGAUCUUGCAGCAAUCCAAAAGAGAGGCCCACACAAACUGAUAACCAGGCAAAGAAACGAUUAUCCCUGCCAAGCAGUGGUGCCAGAUCUCAAACCGCCAGGCGUCCCCCUAAUCGAAUUGCUGUGAACAAGAACACUGAUCUGCCGAAGCUGACCAUGGACAGAACCAAAUUGGAAAAACAUGAUAAAAAUCCCACAGAUCAGGUACCACAGGGAGUUGAACUGCAGACAUAAAAUACUGCAUUUGCAGUUUUCAGAUAUGGAAUUUAGAGUUGCCGACUGAGAGUUUGGGUUCUUUUUUCCAGUUUGUAUGUAUAGUCUUUAUUUAUUUAUUUUUCUUCUGGCUGGGUUGUUGUAACCUUAUUCCUUUUCAUAUAUGCUUUGUUACUUGUAGUGGUUGUCUUGUAGUGGGCCAGAUUGUGGAAAGCGGCGUUCGCCGCUGCCGAUAAUAAUAAAGGGGGUUCCUUCGAUUGCAUAA